UGAGUCGCGUUGUAUGUUUGUUUAUUUUUGGUGUCUUGUAUUUUGCAAUGUUGAUUUGAGAACUUUUAUUUAAAAAUAUAUUUAUUUUAUUUGAAAAUAAAAAUGCAGUUCGUACCAGGUAUGUCAAAUUAUGCAUUUCGCAUGACUCGCCUCAGUAAUAGAAUUUUUGGUGAAGUUGCUAGACCUACAAAUGGUAAGUCAACUAAAGUAGUUCGCCUAAUGCAAAAAAAGCCGGCCGAUUUAGAUCCUUACAUUGUUAAUUACUACCCACCUCAUGAAGAAUAUUCAAAAUUGGUACGAAUUUUGAGAGAACAUGGACUUUUUAGAGAUGAGCAUCUAGAUUUCAAAGAAGAAAUGGUUCGUCAAAAGAUUUUGCGGGGUAAAGUGAAGCCUAAACCUGGACAGGGAAAGAGAGCGAAAGCUAAGGAACUUCUGAAUUAACAUAAAUAUGUUGCUGUUUUUUCUAAAAAAUGUUUGAGAAAUGUUGAGAGUUACUUUCAUGUGCUAUUUUUGUCCUGAAAGUUUAGAACUGUUUUUGAAAUUCUGUAUAAUAUCAAUACAAUUUAUCCAUAAGGUAUAUUUU